AUGAAGUUCUUCAGCAUUCUUUCCCUCGCCGUCACCCUCGCCGCCGCGGCACCAGUCGAAGUCGUCGACACCGGCGUCGCUGACCUCCAGGUCCGCCAGACGGGAGCCACCAGCAACGAGCUCGAGUCCGGCAGCAGCUCCGCCUGCCCCAAGGUCAUCUUCAUCUUUGCCCGCGCCUCCACCGAGCCCGGCAACAUGGGAAUCAGCGCUGGACCCAUCGUCGGCGAUGCCCUCAAGAGCCGCUACGGCUCGAGCCAAGUCUGGGUUCAGGGCGUCGGCGGACCGUACAGCGCCGACCUGGCUUCCAACUUCCUCCCCGAGGGAACCAGCACCGUCGCCAUCAACGAGGCCAAGAGGCUCUUCACCUUGGCCAACACCAAGUGCCCCAACUCCGCCGUCGUGGCCGGCGGAUACAGCAGCCAGGGAACCGCCGUCAUGGCCUCGUCCAUCUCAACUCUGAGCUCGACGAUCCAGAACCAGAUCAAGGGUGUCGUCUUGUUCGGCUACACCAAGAACCUCCAGAACCUCGGCCGCAUCCCCAACUUCCCCUCGUCCAAGCUGUCCGUCUACUGCGAUGUUGCGGAUGCCGUCUGCUACGGUAAGCCUGCUUCUCAAUCCUCAAAGACGUCAGAAAAGCCACUAACACGUCUAGGCACGCUCUUCAUCCUGCCCGCGCACUUCCUCUACCAGACUGACGCGGCUGUUGCCGCCCCUAUCUUCUUGGCUGGUCGCAUCGGUUAA